UUACAUGUUCUCACUCUCAGUACUGGGUACAUUGGUUUUGGCCUUUCUCUUUUUCAUUCACUCACGCCUCUUCUUGUGGUUGAAACCAACGUCAGAGCAGAGGCAGACUAUAAAAUAGCAAUCCUCCAAUCUACCGCUCUGAUACUAUGGACACUACUAAGCUCUGGUUUACGCUGCUCUGUGUUUGUGGCAGCUGGAUUUUGAGUCUGGCUGUAGACUGUGACUGGACCACCGAGUAUGAAUUUGAAAAUAGAUGUUGUAAAGCCUGCCCUUCAGGUGAGUAUCCCAAAGUGCCAUGUCAAAGGAACAACAAUGACAGUGUGUGUGAGAAAUGUUCACCAAACCUUGCUUCGGCUAAGGACAGAUGUUUCUGCAAAAAUAAUCAUUUAUGCAUGGAUGAUAAAUGUGACAAAUGUGAGCCCAGAACAAUAUGUAAACCUGGACAUCAACUGGAUAGAUCUGGUGCAUUUGAUUACUCUUUCAUUUGUAAGCCAUGUCCAAACAACACUUACAAUGAUGCUGAGGACAGCACGUGUAAAUACAUUACAAAGUGUGUAGAUGUUGGUGAGAUCUUCCCUGGAAACCAGACCCACAAUGCAAUUUGUACCCCUUCUGUUCCAAACAUAUCAUCAGUUACAGUUCACCCAGGCAAAUACGAAAAGGAGAUCCAUCCUACUCAUUCCUUCAUGGUGGCCUGUUUAACAGUCACAGUGUUGACCUGCCUGGUUUUUAUCAUGUAUACUGCUUUUCAAAUUUUCAAAUACAAGAUGCUCAUAAAAUUGAGAAAAAAACCGUGCACACAUGUAUUGCCCUCAGAUAGUUGCAAACUAUCCAAGGAAGAAAAAGGUGAGGAAUGUGACUUCAAGACAGAGGUAUCAGAAGAAUAUUGCAAGUGUGAUGUCUAUGGCAUUCCUUGAAUAUUCUCUGCAUGUGAUGUGAAGAACAUCCAAUGAAACAGACUUUCUUCAACUGACUGGAUUGCAUUUGCAAUAUAACAUCUAUAAAAACCUUUUGAUCAGUCAUAAUGCAGCUUUAAAGUUCAUGUUGGUGGUCUCUUUGCAUGUGGAGGGAGUAGUUUCUUAUUCUGUAUUUAUCUGCACAAAGGUCUUAUCACUUCAGAUUCAAAACAGAUUCACAUGAGGGGAUAAUAGCAAAAGGGGACAUGUUUGUAUAUGAAAUAUUUGCUCUCUGAAGAUGAGUUAUGUGAAAGGAUAUUUCCUGUUAACUUUAUCUUUUAAGUGUUAAAACCGUUAAAAGACAGACUUUCAGAAAGAGCAGAGGACAGUUAGUGAAUUAUGCAUUUAACCUUCUGGUGUUGUGCGGGCAUUUUAGACCCGAACAAAAAGUUUGGAAAUUUUAAAAAUCGCUACUUCAUUGGAAUUGUAUGACUUUUAUGGCAGUUGCUAUGUGACCAAAAAAAAAAAAAAAAAAACCUUUAUUCGAAAACUUGUGUUGUUCACAAUCUACAGUACACCCAAUGAAGGGGUGACACUCAAAAGCCCUGUAUACUUCUUUUUUAGGCGUGCCCUAGUGUAUGUGCACAGUCGAACGCGCAGCCUUGCAAAGUAUACUUCAUUCGAGUCGUACGCAUACACAGUCGUUCGAUGCAUGCGCAGUUUUGAGCAAUCUCUUGCCAUGAGUUACAACCCAUAUAAACAUCUUUAUAUUCUUUCAUGCUAGAGUUGUACAAAUGAGGGUACUUUCUAACCUCUUCGCACAAUCUGUCAUCUAUGUAGGCCUCCAUCGUUGCUGUAGCUUGCAUGCGUUCCGGUCUGUUCUGUUUAUGCAGUCUUUCUUUGACUACCUUGUGAGGCGACAGCCCCAAGGCACGGUUGCCACCUUGUGGAUAAACUAAUUACUGCAAAUUUUUGCAAAUGCGUAAAAAUAAAAUCAAUAAGUCAGUCCCAAUGCAGUAAAAAAAAUAUGGACAAACUCACUCACUUACACACACACAGAUCUAAACCUUGACAAAUGUAGUCUUUGUGAAUGUCUAAACAUAUAUUGAAAUCCACAACUUAAUAAAAAUAAGUAUUUAUGUCUAAAAACAACUAGAAAUUUAUAAGGCUUUUUAUAUAGAGCUAUAUAGGAAUCUAGUGGUUACACCAUGGCAUUACAGAUGUUUUUCUUUUUUUACUCCCACCAGAUGGCACUAAUCAGCCUUCAAAAAUUGGAUUUUAAAGGCAUAGUCUCUAUUUUAACAUGAAAUACAGCUUUAAUUGAAAAGUAAUUAAAAAAAUUAGAAACAUUUUUGUAUUAUUUUCAAUGGUACAAAUGAUCAUAAUUAUUGCAUAAAUAUUAAUUAGUACCAUGAAAUUCUCUAAAAAUACAAAAUAAAAAAGAAAAAAAUAUUAAUCAACAAAAAUAUAUUACAUUGAUUUUACUGAAAAUACAAAAAAGUUUCAGGUGACCGGUCACUUUUGACUGUAAACAACACAAGUGUGACCCCCAAAUGAACAAUACCAGAGGGUUAAGCAACUUAUAUAGUUAAACAUUACAAAUGUAUUUUUUUUUUUUUCUUUUGGGAUGUGGAAAUUAACAGAGAAAUAUGUCUUAAAUAUAGCAUCUAAUACUUCAUGUUUGUCUUAUUGUAUUGAUGUUCUUCUGAUCACAUGUGUGAACUAUGACUAUUGCUCUCUGUCUGCUUUAAUUUAGGACAGUUGUUUCACAUCUAUUUUGACUAUAUUUGACUGUCAAACACAUCUAUUAUGCAUUAUUCAAAUUUAUUAUCAAUAUGCACCACAUUCUACAGAUAAAAUCCAUCACUUAUCCAAUACUUAUGCUAAACAAAACUCUAGCCGUUUUGUUGUAUAUUAUGUUUGAACUAUAUGUUUUUAAAAGAGUGAAAAUAUUUUGUCCAAUUUGCUGAUUAGCAGAAGUGUUAUUUCACAUUUGUACUAUCAAUGGCUAACAGAGUACAGACGUAUGUAUUUUUGUGAAAAUAAAUGUUUUGCCACAA